CCUGCUGCGCGCCUCGUCUUCAGCCCCGGCCAGCAGGCACGAUGUCCAGCGCGUCGCACGACCCCUUCUACUCCUCGCCCUUCGGCCCCUUCUACCGGCGCCAUACGCCCUACAUGGUGCAGCCUGAGUACCGAAUCUACGAGAUGAACAAGCGGCUGCAGGCUCGCUCCGAGGACAGUGACAACCUGUGGUGGGAUGCCUUUGCGACAGAGUUUUUUGAAGAUGAUGCAACUUUAACACUUUCCUUUUGUUUGGAAGAUGGACCAAAGCGAUACACCAUUGGAAGGACCCUCAUCCCUCGUUAUUUUAGUACUGUCUUUGAAGGAGGAGUGACAGACCUGUAUUACAUCCUCAAGCACUCAAAAGAAUCCUAUCACAGCUCCUCCAUCACAGUGGAUUGUGAUCAAUGCACCAUGAUCAGCCAGCAUGGAAAACCUAUGUUCACAAAG